AGUUGGGUGAUGAUGAAAAUCAUGUGAGUGCAUGUGCAUCGAGUUGUAUUUUGAUGGCAUGUCCUUUAAUCUGAGCUAAACCCUAAUUAUCCAUCAAUAACAACAUUUAAAAACACAAAACAAAACACCCUUUUGGACACUUGUCCAAAUAUCAUCCAAUUAUUUUGGGAUAGAAAAGAGAACCUUCUCAGAAGCUGUAAUCUCCAUUUUAAGUUAUAUCUAAAGUUCACUUACCUUUAUCUAUAUCUAUCUAUGUCUAUAUAAAUCAUAUGAGACGUCUCAUAUUUGCAUCGUAUUAUAUCAUCUUUGUAACAUUCUUUCAUCACAUUAACCAAUACACACUAACAAUAAUGGGAGUAACAUUGGAAGGACAAAGAAAGGAAUCAAUUUGGGUUUUGAUGAGAAAACAAAGAGCUCGAAGGGCACUUGUGAAGAAGAUCAUGAUCCGACCGAAGAAGAGUCUAGAAGCUCACAGAAGACCAUGCCGCGCAAUUCAUAGACGCGUCAAGACGCUGAAAGAGCUAGUUCCCAACACCAAUUCAUCAGAAGGUUUGGAUGGGCUCUUUAGACAAACGGCGGAUUAUAUUUUCGCUUUGGAAAUGAAAGUGAGAGUUAUGCAGACAAUGGUUCAGGUUUUGACCGAAACUGAUUGUGUUUAAAUGACCUCAACUUAUAUUUUUGUAAAUAUUUCUGGGAUUUAAAAUCAUUAUAAUUACAAUAAGUGUUUCUAGUUUUUGUUUUGUUCGAGUUUACUUUUAUCAUCUCGAGUGUCUUGCAUUGUGGUAUAUAGAAAAGAAUUUGGUUUAUGUUGCUGAUGUAGACCGCAAGAAAAAAAAAGAAGAAAUCGCUCCUAACAGACGACUGAUGUUUCGGGGAUAAAAAUAUCUAAAAAGUUUUAAACAUACCAAUUCAUAAUUUUGAUUAUAAUUGUACGGGAGUAGUUUUGUGCGCAGUCCAUCAUUUAUUAACGAACGAUGAGUUAUAGAAUUCUUUUUAAAAAGAGGUGUUUAGAUAAAUUAACAAAGAAGAACGAAACUUUAAAACAAGAGAAAUCAUUGAAAAUUGUGUUCAGUUAGAGAAUGCAUAUAUAGGGAGGCCAUUAAUAAAACCAAAAGAACUAUUGCAUACUGAGCGUUCAACCUUGGGCUUUACAAGUACUAAGUAUCAUAUGAGAGCAUUAUUAUUGGGAGUCCCUUAACACAUCCCUUAGAAGAGGGGGAUGAAAACCGAAGAAAAAAGCGAAGGGAAAAACCCCUAAUUAAGGGCUGUCAAUUACUCUCCAACGACCAGAAAAAAAAAAACAAAACAAAAGACUUUUUUUCUCUCUCUCUUCAUCCCACCAAUAAUGGUGCUCUGAGGGCCCCGAAUUAACAUACCAAAUUAGAAAAAGACAUGUUGUGUUAUGUCCUUUACUAUUUUCAGCAAUGUUGAAUUUAUAUGAAAAUCAUUUAAGAAAUAUCCUAUGAAAAAAUAAAAUUUAUAUUCUUGAUUGAAUAAAUAUUUUUGGCCCUUGAAAAUUUUUC